GUUAUUCCAAUUUAUUUAAAUAGAUUUAAAUAAGUACCACUUAACACGAAUGCAAUUUUAAAAAGUGGUACACAGGUAGAGGUACCGGUGCAGGUCAAAUAAAUUUACAUACCAAAUAAUUGGUAAUGUAAAACCUGAUUCACUAAUUCCUCAACUUUAAUUUUACUAGUGAUAAAAGUAUUAUUAUUAUUAUUAAAAAUGCCCGAAGUGUUCAUAAUUUCUGCAUGCAGAACUGCAAUAGGAACUUUUCAGGGGCAGUUUGAUAAAUUUUCUGCCUCUGAAUUAGGGGCAGUGGCAAUUGCUGAAGCAAUAAAAAGAGCUAGUUUAAAGCCUGAAAAUGUUGAACAAGUUAUAAUGGGUCAGAUACUCACUGCAGGUCAAGGCCAAAAUCCAGCUAGACAAGCCGCAUUCGGCGCCAAAAUUCCGGAAACAUCGCCUGCAUAUACCGUAAAUAUGCUGUGUGGAUCUGGACUCAAAAGCGUAGCUCUUGGAUAUCAAGCUAUUAAAAAUGGAGACUAUGAAAUAAUCGUAUCGGGAGGACAAGAAAGCAUGACAAGAUCUGAACAUACCGCGUACCUUCGAGGAAGCAAGAUGGGCAACGUUAAUCUCGCAGAUACCCUUCUGAAGGAUGGUCUUAUGGAUGCUUUUAAUAAGGACACCCAUAUGGGCAAAACUGCUGAAAAUUUGGCAAACUUAUACAAGGUAUCUCGCGAACAGCAAGACGAUUACGCUUGCAAAUCGCAGAACAGGGCCGAAGCAGCUAUAAAAAAAGGAUUUUUUGAAAAAGAAAUUAUCGGCGUUCCCGAUAAGAGAACCGGAAUUUUAAUUGACAAAGAUGAGUUCCCGAGAUUCGAUUCGACGGUGGAAAAACUGGCGAAACUGAAGCCGUGCUUUAUCGCGAACGGAACUGUAACACCCGGAAAUGCCUCAGGUAUUAAUGACGGUGCCGCUGCAGUAUUACUAGUUAGUGAAUCUGUAGUUAAACAACAAAACUUGAAGCCUUUAGCUAGAAUCGUAGGUUUUGCAGAAGUUGGCGUAGACCCCCUAUGUAUGGGCAUAGGACCGAUUGGGGCUGUAACCAAACUUUUGAAGAAGAUCGGUUGGACAAAGGAGGAAGUGGACCUCUACGAACUUAACGAAGCCUUUGCGGUGCAGAGCAUUGUCGUGAAUAACACUCUUCAAAUAGAUGAAUCUAAAAUAAACGUUACAGGUGGCGCUAUCGCUCUGGGUCAUCCAAUAGGAUGUUCGGGUACGAGGGUGCUUGUGACUCUGAUUCACAACUUACACAGAUUGGGAAAAAAUAAAGGAGUGGCGGCCUUGUGUAUCGGCGGCGGCAUGGGUAUAGCUUUAGCUGUUGAGUUAUAGUCGAUUUUAAAAAUUAUUUUUUAAAUAGUAAAAUUCGUUUAUUAUUAAAAUAUUUAUAAAUUUUAUAGACAUAUAUUUUAUAUUUUUAUCUGGUGACAAUACAGUUUUUCUAGCAAGUGAGCAGUUUUUCUUAUUAAUUAAUUUUUAUCUACAGCUCAUAAAUUACUUUUAAAACUUUAAAACAAUUAAAUAUAAUGAAAUAAAAUUGAAUAUUAAAACUGUUUCCUAACAUUUUUUCUUAAUUCUCACUGGUAAACCUCUAGCUACACAAGCUGCUCUUGUCAUAAUAUUCGGUAAAUUCUUUUUAGCCCAAAUAAGAGCUAGUAAUAAACCAGGUUCCCACAAAUGUUCUUCAAAAGCUGGUUGGUUAUUUGAAAGAAUUACUAAAAUAAAUACAAAUUAACUAGAAAGUACUUGAAGUUUUUAAACAAUUUUGAGUAAAAAAAAAAUUAAUUUACCUUUAUCUUCCCCUUUUUUCCACUUUUCCUUAUCCACGUAUUUCCAAUGUUUCGAAGCAUUUGAGGGUAUCCAAUAGCUCAUAAAAUCUGUGCUAAGAAUAUCCGUAGCUUUAUCUGUUACAUCCCAUAACAUUCCUACCACACAAGGGCUGAAAAGGACAAUUUUAAUGAAAAAUAUUUUAUUUUAAACUCACGUUUUCAACAAACGCAAGUUUUGCUCUUUUUUUUAUCACAAUUUUAACAAUUAAAGGUUUUUUCUAAUUUUGUUAUACAAAGGGACAAAAAAGUGUCAAAAUGGUCUAAUUUAUUGUAACGUUUGUUUAAUUUAUUUAUAGUUUAUUUAUUUAAAACACUUUAUUUAUACCGUACUAAUUAAUUUAUAUAAUACAAUUACAACUCAAAAUUCUUAUUUAUUUAUUACAAUUUCUCUUUUCUGUCCAACACUAAAAUUGAAACUUAUCGUCCAUCGACAAACUCGCGCUAUUUAUAUAAAGUCAGCUCUGUACCCGAAUAUUUGAGGCGACCCAGAACGUUCGGGAACUCUCUCCCCAUGACUCAUACUCCGCAAAGCGAUCACUCCGGUGGCUUCUCGAAGCAGGGCGUUUGUCUCUAUAUGGCCAGAUAGUAAACAAAGAACAGAGUCGGCUUCGUGUCUUUAAGAAAUAGUUCCUUCUGGAACUAAAAUGGAAUGGUUGAAUCUGCAACUGGAUCCUCUUUUACAAUUUCCAGUUGCAUGGAAGUAACAAGGGACGGUUUUUAUUGAAACCUGGACCCUGGGCUGCAGACCAGUAUUUGGACCUCGGAAUCUUGUAAAAUUACUUCCAGCAUGUUUCUAAUGAUCCUCCAAUUUAGCUGGUUGCUCUCUAUCCUUGACAUGGCUAGUUUCUGUAUCUUUGACUCCAAUACGUGCUCCCUCAGACUAAGUAAUGCUUGCCAUACAUCAUAAUAAAUGGAUCGAUCUCGGAAGGUGUUCUUCGUUAUCAAAUAGAUAAGAUAACGCGAUCCGAAAUUAAAGACCUGGGAAUCGUAUUUUGCUCAGAUCUUUCCUUUAAUAAUCAUAUUAAUAAAAUUGUUAAUAGAGCAAUGAAAACGUUAGGUAUGCUGAUUAGAAACUCUAGCUCGCUAUCUUUAGAUGCCUGUAGAAUGGUUUAUGUUGCAUAUUAUUAUGUUAGGUCGAUUUUGGAGUACAGUUCUACCAUAUGGUGUGCAUUUUACAACAACUCUGUAAAAAGGAUUGAAAAUUUCCAAAUAAAUAUUCAAGAUAUUGUCUAGCGACAGGUACAUAUAAUUAUUCCACAAUGGGGCAUGUUCAAAAAUUUUGAAUUUUUUUUAUGAAUAGUAGAGUUAAAAAUAAAACUACAUUUUUUUUAUUUUUUUUUUUUUAUCUAUUCAUUUGCCGGAGUUAUGAAUUUUUUUAAAAUUUAUGACGUCACCGGGAAUAGACCAAUAGGAGCUAGCGCACAACGUUGCCG